AUGAAUAGAGGAAGAGGAGGAUUCAGAGGAGGCCGUGGCGGCAGAUCAGGACCGCCAGUGCCGCAAGGACCCCCAGACAAGGUUUUCGAGAUGGGAGAGUUUGUUCACUCGUGCGAGGGAGACAUCGUCUGCAAAAGUAUUAAUGAGAAAGUGCCAUACUUCAACGCACCAAUUUUCUUGGAGAAUAAGACCCAGGUCGGUAAGGUGGAUGAGAUCUUGGGACCUUUGAACGAGGUGUUUUUCACCGUGAAACCAAGCGAAGGUGUCCAAGCCACUUCUUUCAAGGAGGGUGACAAAUUCUACAUUGGAGGUGAUAAACUGCUACCAUUGGAGAGAUUCCUUCCAAAGCCAAAGGCUGUGGGGCCAAAGCCACCAAGAAAGAAGGGUGGUCGUGGUGGCGCUGCUGGCGGCCGUGGAGGCUUCUCCAGAGGCGGUGGUUUCUCCAGAGGCGGAGGCCGUGGUGGAAGAGGUGGAUUCUCCAGAGGAGGUGGAGGAUUCUCAAGAGGAGGCGGCCGUGUAGGCCGUGGAGGCUUCUCCAGAGGAAGAGGAAGAGGAUUUUGA